AUGACUGUUUGUAUACAAAAACGUGAUCGUUGUCGUUUAUGUUUUUCAUUAAUUUUACGUGAUCGUUCAACAUUAUUUUCAUCAAUAUGUUGUCAAAAAUAUUAUCAUUUAUUUAAACAUAUAAAACGUACAAAAAUUCCAAUGAAAAAAAUAAAUCCAUUUAAAAUAAAUCUAACAAAUCGUACAGUUUGUUUUCGUGAUUUAAUAUUACGUUAUUUACAUAUUAAAAUUAAUCCAAUAAAAAAUUUUUCAAAUAUUAUUUGUUAUGAUUGUUCAAUAAUAUUAUUAGAUAUUGAACAAUGUGCAAAAUAUUUACAUAAAACAAUAAAACAAUUUAAAAUUAAAUUUAAUAAAACAAAUCGUCUUAUAACAUCAUCAUUAUCAGCAACAUUUCAAAAGAAAAAUCAAAUAAUUAAAAAUAAAAAGUUAUCUAGUUUAGAAUCUGAUGAUGAUGAAGAAUUUGAUAAUAUUGAUGAUGAUGAGGAAUCUGAUGAAGAAAAUGAUGAUAGAAGAAAAUCAAUUCUACCAACAAAUAGAACAACUUGUGAUCAAACGAAAUCUCUUGAUUUUAAUUCAUCAUCAUCAUUUGGUGGUGAUUCAUUAUUACAAAUUCAACGAAAUAAUUUAACAAAUAAGAAUCAGUGCAAUGGUGAUGAUGAUAAUGAUAUUGAAGAUGAAGAAGAUGAUGAUCAAGAAGACGACGAAGACGAAGCAGAAGAAGAAGAAGAAGAAGAAAUUGGAUUAAUUUCAAGUCCAAAAAUAAAAUCUAAAAAAAUAAAAAAAAAAAAUUUAACACAAUUUUCACAUAAAAAUAUUAUAUCCAAUAUAAAUCCAUCAUCAACAAUAAAUUCAUCAGAUUCAUCAAUAAAUUUACUUCAAGAAACAAAUCCAAAUCUACUUCCGUUACGUCUUGCCCAUAUGAUGGCAAAUGCUGCAGCUGUUGCAUCAUUUUCAACAGGUCAAAAUAAUAAUAAUAAUAAUAAUACUGAUAGUAAUAAUGUUGAUACAAUGAUGAGUACAUUUGCUAAUAUGCAACGAAAUUUUCUAUUGAAAAUCUUAAGUGAUCCAAUGGCAGCUGCUAUGUCAGCUACACAAAUGAAAACUAAUAUUUCACCAAUAUCAUUAAUAGAAUCAAAUAAUAAACAAAGUGGUAGUGGUAGAAAACGUAAAUCAACACCAGAAAAACGUAUUAUUACAAAUUAUCGAACAACAAAUAAUAAUGGCGAUUCAUCUCCAACAAUUGAAAAUGAAUCAAUUAGUAAUUUAACUGAUAAUAUAAGUAAUCAAGAUAGAAUUGAUCAUCCAUUAGAAUUAACAUUAAAAAGUAUUCAAUCAUCAUCAAAUCGUAUUUUACCAACUUCAGAUGUUCAAAAUCUUGUGAUAAGUCGAAAAAAAGAAAAUGGAAGUCCAUCGAAUAUCAGUCAAUUUUAUCCACAUAUUGAUGAAGAUCAUAAAGAAGGUACGACACCGAAUGAUUCGUCUGUAUCUCUUUCAUCAUCAUUAAAUCGUCAUUCAACAUUAACUAAACGACAACGUCUUUCAACAAGUGGUCAAUAUGAUUCUACAAAUAUACAAAAUAAUUCUUCAUUAAUUAAUAUAUCACAAACAACAAAUGAUUUAUUAUCAUCAAAUCAUCAUCAACAAACAAUAUCAAAUGAUGAUAAUAAUAUAAAUAUUCAUCAACGACAACAACAACGUAAAUUAGAUCCACGUACAUGUACUGAAUGUGGUAAAGUAUUAUUUAGUGAUAAAACAUUAUUACUUCAUUGUCAAACACAUGCAAAAAAUGAAAAACAAUGUUGGAUAUGUGGAAUAAAUGAUGAUUCAAUUAAAAAACAUAUUAUUAAUGAACAUGGAAAUCAAAAAAUUACAAAUACUGGUUUUAAAUGUCAACAUUGUGACAAAGUUUUUCCUGUUUUUGCUGAUUUAGAAAAUCAUACAAAAGAACAUAGCAAGAAGAAACCUUUUGAAUGUCCAAUAUGUAAUAAACGUUUUGGUCAACAAGGAAAUUUAAGUUGUCAUUUACGAAUUCAUAGUGGUGUUAAACCAUUUACUUGUUCAAGUUGUGGUAAAGCAUUUCGUCAUUCGAAUAGUUUACGACGUCAUGCACGAACAGUUCAUUCAGCAUCACGUGGUUUAACAACAACAAAUUCACUUCUUCUUCCAAGUACUACAACAUCAUUAUCAAAUGAUAUAAAAGGUGAAACAUAUGAUGAUGCACCACCAUCAUCAUCAUUUAUGAUACCAUCUGAUGAUAAUUCAUCAUCAACAGGUGGUAUACCAUCACCUUCAAUAUCUAAUGCACAAAUCAAAAUAAAUAAUAAUAACGAGCAGGCAGGAUUGUACAUAUUGAGUGAUGAUUAA